AUGGGAAGUUGGAUAUGGGCUUUUGCAUCUGAGCAACACCAACUCUGGGUCAGAAUUUUAACUUCAAAAUAUGGUGGUUGGUCAGAAUUCCAAAAUGGUAGUGACAAAAGGGGCUUUUCCCACUGGUGGAGAGACAUUAGAAAUUUGUAUCACCAGUCGGAUUGUGGUAUCUUUAAAGACAACUUGGCUUGGAAGGUUGGGAGUGGGAAGAAUAUUAAAUUCUGGACUGAUAACUGGCUAGGGGAACAACACACCCUGCAGCAAAAGUAUAAUCAACUUUUCCUCAUAACUAGACAGCAAAAGGACCACAUCUCUCAAAUGGGACAUUUUAAUCAUAAUAACUGGAGGUGGGACAUGAGGUGGAGGAGGAAUCUCUUUGAUCAUGAAAGCCAUUUGGCUGUGCAGUUUAUGGAGGAAAUCAGUUCUGUUCCUAUUCAAAGACAGGUGAAUGAUAAUAUGUUGUGGUUGGUUGAAUCUAAUGGUCAAUAUACUACUAGAUCAGCUUAUAGCUUAUGCAUGAACACCACUUUAGUAUAUUCUGAUGGCAACAUUUUUAAGACUAUAUGGCAGUUGAAAAUUCCCCCUCGGACUGUGAUCUUCUGUUGGAGACUACUUAAAAAUAGACUACCUACCAAGGUCAACCUUUUAAGAAGAAAUGCUAUUACUCAGGAAGACACCUGUUCCUUAUGUGGCUGUGUGCAGGAGGAUGUAUGUCAUUUGUUUUUCAACUGUAAGCUGACAAAUGGCCUGUGGUGGGAAUCUAUGCGCUGGGUUCGGGUAGUAGGUCCCCUUUCCAUUACCCCAGUUCACCAUUUUUAUCAGUUCUGUGAUGGGUUUGGGGCAAAUGUGAACCACAGUACAAGAUGUGGGUGGUGGGUUGCAUUAACUAGCUCUAUAUGGCAGCAUAGGAAUCAUUUGAUUUUCCAAGGAAAACCUUUUGAUCCCUGUAAAGUCAUGGAUCAUGCUAUUUUCUUAGCUUGGUCAUGGUUAAAGGCUAAGGAUAAAAAGUUUAGUACUACCUUCCACUACUGGUCCUCUAAUAUUUCCAAUUUCCUUGCCUAG